UUUCAGAUGAAACGUGCGAGCACCUGUCUCCAACACCACUCCUUACCGGCUAAAAAAGCCUAUUCAAGCUGUGGUGAGAAGCUCGAAUUCAGACGAUUUGUCGACUUUCAUGGCACAACUGACAAAUCAUUUCGCACGAAUUGGGGAACCGAUCUUGAAAAUGUGUCGGUUCUUGGCGAAGGAGUUUUUGGCACAGUUUUUGAGGUUGCUGAUGCUGAGAAGAAGAAGAAAUUUGCGCUGAAGCUCUUCAAAGCAGGACACACACAGUUUGGAUGCGAAGACUGGGUUCGCGAAAGUGAGAUAAUGAAAUCUGUCGCCGCUGCUCACCACCCGAAUUUGAUCAAACUCGUGAAAAGUGGAAAAAUGGCUUCAGUUCCAGAAGGAUAUCUCCGAAUUGCUAUUCUGAUGGAAUUGAGAGGAAAAUCGUUAUUCAGCGUUAUGGAUUCAACAAAGUCGGAGGUGCCGAACAAGGAAAUCUCGUUCCCAAUUGCAACGAUUCGAGAAAUUGGAGCACAGAUUUUGUCCGCUAUGAAGAAGCUGGAAAAAAUGGAAAUUGUGCAUUUGGAUUUAAAGCCAGAGAAUAUCUGCUUCACUUCCACGUGUACCUUCACCACGGAAAUUAGGAAAGAUGUGUGCUAUAUUUCACCUAGCGAGGAGCUCAAUGUGUGUAUUAUCGAUUUCGGAAAUGCUCGAAAGAGCAACCAGGAGGAUUUGAAAUCAUCGGAAGUUGUGCAGACACAAAACUACAGAGCACCGGAGAUCUUCAUGGGACUCCCUUUUUCGACGAGAUCCGAUGUCUGGUCAUUCGGAUGUAUUCUCAGUGAAUUGUACACUGGAGAAUUGCUUUUCUACGGAAAUGACGAGCACGAUACGGAGCAGCUUCAGUUUGAGCUGAUGCAAUUGAUUCUUCAACAAGCUCCGUCUUAUUUAAUGAUGAGAAAAGCAGCUGAAAACAAGAAAAAAAUGAUUUGCAUCGAUGGCAAUGUCUACAUGAAGAAGAGAGCAAAAUCCUCAUUCGACCCGCCACUACCCCUUUAUAAGCAACGCCGCCGAAAUGAUCGUGCCGCCAUCCCACUCUUCGAGCUUCUCGAGCGAAUUCUCAUCUUCGACCCAACAAGGCGUCUCACAUUUUCUGAAAUUUCUUCGGAAACUUUUUUCAAAUAAUCAUCAUAUAAUUAAUUAAAUUCUGUAUUGCCCACCAUGCUUUGUGAAUAUUUAGUAGUUUUCUGUUUUUUUUUUGUUGUUUUUUGUUCUUCAUUUCUGAUUUUUUCGAAUAAAUUUCAUUUUUGUUAA